AUGCAACUACCAUGGGCCGGCCGCGAGGGCCCUGGACAUGACUCCCUUCUACCAAUGUCCAAUAUCCCGUCCAUUACUGGGCUUGUGGGGGAUCUUACCGACUCUGGCGAUGGUGAUCGUCAACAGCGGCCAGGCCGCCAUGUCAGAACCACCUCUGCGCAUGCACGAAAUGUGGCCGACCAGUUCUCCUACAUGACCCCGAGCGAAGCGGCGGCGAACCUACGAACCUCCCUCACGCAUGGCCUUACACCAACCGAAGCUUUAACUAGACUAGGCGAUUAUGGACCAAACGAAAUUCCGCAUGAUCCUCCCGAACCAUUAUGGUUGCGCUUCGUCAAGCAGUUCCAGGAGCCCCUGAUCCUGCUCCUCCUCGUAUCGGCCGGAACCUCGCUACUCCUGGGUAAUAUGGAUGAUGCCGUCAGCAUCACAGUCGCCGUAACCAUCGUGGUCACUGUGGGUUUUGUGCAGGAAUAUAGAUCCGAGAAAUCUAUUGAGGCUCUCAACCACCUUGUCCCGAACCAUGCGCAUCUCGUUCGUGGUCAGAGCAAGGCACCCCCUGUUGGCAAGACUCCUACUUGGCCUCCGCGUCCCGAUGACGGAGAGCCGGCGCCUUCUCCCGGCUCUGUUACCCCCAUUAGCGAUAUACUAGAUGCCACUUCUUCCAAGGUUAUGGCUUCUCAGCUGGUUCCUGGCGAUCUUGUCCUCUUCACCACGGGUGAUCGCAUUCCUGCCGACAUCCGGGUUACCAAGGCUGCGGAUUUAACAAUUGAUGCUUCGAAUCUUACGGGAGAGACAGAGCCUGUAAGGAUUACAGUCGAUGCUCGUCGUCGUGGUAUUGGCUCCUACGCUUUCGACAAGGCACAACACCCACGACCCGGAUCGCUCGCUCCCGAUGAGCAUGCAGACUCUCACGGAGAUGGAAUUCAUAACAUUGCUUACAUGGGAACUUUGAUCAAGUCGGGACACGGCCAGGGUAUCGUCUUUGCAACUGGAGGACACACACACUUUGGCACUAUUGCGACCAGUGUGUCUGGUACUGAAAGCCCGCGCUCACCUCUUCAAUUGACCAUGGAUGAUCUCGGCUCGCAGCUAAGCAAAGCUUCAUUCUUGGUCAUUGGUCUCAUCUCGGUUGUCGGUUGGUUACAAGGAAAGAAUCUCCUUGAAAUUUUCACCAUUUCGAUCUCACUGGCUGUCGCUGCUAUCCCGGAAGGUCUACCAAUUAUUGUGACGGUUACCUUGGCUCUUGGAGUACAUCGCAUGGCUAGGCACAAUGCGAUCGUGCGAAGGAUGCCCAAGGUUGAAACACUGGGCUCUGUUAAUGUCGUCUGCACUGAUAAGACUGGAACUCUAACCACGAACCACAUGACGACCACUCGAAUGUGGUAUUUUGGAGCUCAGGAACCAGUUCAAGUUGAUUCUGAUAAUGAGGCUAUGGAUACCAACCCAGACCUCAACCAGGCUACUCUACGAGUCCUUCGCAUUGGAAAUAUCGCCAAUGAUGCGCGACUUGCUCAGAAGUAUACGGAACAUGGUCAAGCAGCCACGGCUGUGCUAUCUUCAACUCUUGGGCGAGAUCAAGUGUCCACCUAUACUCGUUGGGUUGGCCAGCCUACUGAUGUUGCGAUGUUGGAUCUUCUUGACCGCUUCAAGGAACACGACGUUCGAGAAUCCAUUGGCCCUCGAGUGAGUGAGACACCGUUCAGCUCCGAGCGAAAGUGGAUGGGAGUUACUAUUGGCUCGGAGACGAGAGGUGAUAAGGAGUAUGCCUACAUGAAGGGUUCUAUCGAAAAGGUUCUCGCCGCGUGCGACACAUAUCUCGAACAGGACGGAAGAGAGAUUGUUUUGGACUCGACUCGUCGCCAAGAAGCUCUCCAGGCCGCUGAAACCAUGGCUGUUCAAGGUCUACGAGUAUUGGCAUUUGCAAGCGGCACAGUCUCACGACCACUGAGGAACAGGUCAGCACCACGCAACACACCUGGUUUCGACAGGAGCGAGAGUCCUCUCUCUCACAACCCGGAUGAUAUCUAUAAGGGCCUCACAUUUGCUGGCCUGGUUGGCAUGCGUGAUCCUCCCCGACCCGGAGUUGGACGAUCCAUCAGGCGGCUGAUGCGGGGCGGUGUCAAGGUCAUCAUGAUCACUGGUGACGCCGAAACAACAGCCCUUGCCAUCGGCAAGCAGCUUGGUAUGAACAUUGCGGCUCCCAGCGGCCAUAUGGGUGGCCAGGGUACUGUCAAGUCUGUUCUCCGAGGUGAUGAAGUCGACAGGAUGUCCGAGGCGGAUCUUGCUCAGGCAAUGCAGCACACGACGAUUUUUGCGCGCACAAAUCCCGAUCACAAGCUAAAGAUCAUCAGGGCGCUUCAGUCCAGGGGCGAUAUUGUCGCCAUGACUGGAGACGGAGUGAACGAUGCACCUGCACUCAAGAAGGCCGAUAUCGGUAUCUCUAUGGGCCGUCACGGAACAGAUGUCGCCAAGGAGGCAGCGGAUAUGAUUCUGACAGACGAUGACUUUUCCACGAUCCUUCGUGCCAUCGAGGAGGGCAAGGGCAUCUUCAAUAACAUCCAAAACUUCUUGACCUUCCAGCUGAGCACAAGCGCCGCCAGUCUGGCUCUUGUGUUUAUCUGCACCUGCUUCGGCUUCAAGUCCCCCUUGAACGCCAUGCAGAUUCUCUGGAUCAACAUUAUCAUGGAUGGCCCUCCUGCUCAGUCUCUGGGUGUUGAGAGAGUAGACCCCGACGUCAUGACCAAACCUCCCCGAAGACGAGGAGACCCUGUUCUUACUCGCGCACUCAUCACACGCGUACUAACAUCGGCUGCCAUUAUCACCAUCGGAACAAUGCUCAUCUACCGGCGCGAAAUGGUGGCGGAUGGCCAAGUGACGCGACGAGACACGACCAUGACCUUUACUUGCUUCGUUUUCUUCGAUAUGUUCAACGCUCUCAGCUGCCGAUCCGAGUCCAAGUCGGUACUACGGGGUGAGGUUGGACUCUUUUCCAACAACCUGUUCAACUGGGCCGUCUCUCUCAGUAUCGCGGGCCAGUUGCUUGUCAUUUACUUCCCCUGGCUUCAAGAAACGUUCCAGACGGAAGCCCUCGGAUUCUUCGAUUUUAUACGACUAUUCAUUCUGUGCAGCACGGUGUUCUGGGCAGAUGAGGUGCGAAAAUAUCUUAGGUAUGGGAAACGGCGUUUUGGCAGCGGAUACAGCCAGGCGGUUUAA